CAACAAUUUGUAGCGUGCCGGUACACAUAAAUACUCCAACAAGUCAGCAAAAGUUCAGUCAACAAAUGUUGAUGUCAUUUAUUAGACGUAAAAUAGACAACGCAAGGAAUUUAGUAGCCGUGUGGAAUCCCCUCAACAGUCGUGGAAAUAAUUGCAAUUUUGAUAUCCGCUUAAUAUUCGUUUUAAUACUCUCCGUAUACACAACAACUGUAAGCAUGUCGAGUCACGAACAAACUAUGGCCCAACGUGAGUUCGCUAGCAAAUCGACAGAAUUCGCGAUGAAACUCUUCAAUUUCAUGCACAAUAAGGACCCUACUAAGAAUAUUAUAUACUCACCCUUCUCGAUACAAACAUGUGUGGGCAUGGCACGCAUUGGUGCAGUCGGUGAAACCGCUGCAGAACUCGAUCGCGGACUGGGUUUGCCAUCGAACGAUGUGACGGCUAUCGCCAAUUCGUUCCACAAUGUUUUGGACACCUAUAAGGAUAGUCCAAUUUUGAUGAUGGCCAAUAAGAUUUACGUAAAGCAAGGCUACAGCAUCAAAAAGGAAUUUAAUGAAAUUGCCUCAGCCAAAUUCUUCUCCUCAGCCGAUAGCAUUAAUUUCGGUGAUAGCACGAAUGCGGCGAAUACAAUUAAUAAAUGGAUUGAGUCCAAGACAAAUAAUAUAAUCAAGGAUCUCAUAACACCGGAUGCUGUAACUGACGACACACGCGUGGUUUUGGUCAAUGCCAUAUACUUUAAGGGCGAAUGGAAGUAUCAGUUCCCGGAUUAUGCCACAUUUGAUGAUGAUUUCUAUUUGAACGAAGUCGACAAGGUGCAGGUGCCCAUGAUGAAUGUGAAGGAAAAGUUCGGCUAUGGCGUCAUAUCCGAAUUGGAUGCGACUGUACUCGAAAUGCCCUACAAGGAUUCCGAUCUAUCCAUGGUGGUGAUAUUGCCAAACUCACGUACCGGUUUGGCUAGUCUGCAGGAGAAGUUGAAGGACUUCAAUCUCAGUGAUAUCACGCAACACUUGCAGGAGACCAAAGUCAUUGUGAAAUUCCCUAAAUUCAAGGCGGAAUAUAACAUCGAAUUGAAUGAUGCUUUGAAAAAUCUUGGAAUGGGACGCAUGUUCAGCAAUAACGCCGAAUUCGAUAAUAUGCUCGAAUCGCAUGAGCCUCUGCAGGUCUCGAAAGUAGUGCACAAAGCCUACAUCGAAGUGAACGAAGUAGGCACUGAGGCCGCGGGAGCUUCUGCACUAACAAUGUGUUACACAACAUCGUUCCAAUUUGAGGAAAUGCCUCAAGUGUUUAACGCCGAUCGACCAUUUUUCUAUGCGGUGAUUAAUUCAAAACAAAAUCUCUUAUUUGCUGGUACAGUUAACAAUUUCAGCGCGUAGAGAGCACCAUAACUAAUCAACGGUUAAUAUAGGGUGUCUCAUACAGUCCACUUAAGAAGCAAGUAUUUUCGUUCGAAGUUGGAGUCAACGCCACACACACUUUGUACCUGAUCGGACUGCAGCCCUUAUAUGAAACCUGAGUGGAGAGUAUUACAUAUUUCAACAUCAAGGAUAUAGUGCGUAAAAAACUGGAGUAAUUUGUCCACAUUUUUUGUCGUGUUCCGUCCAAUAGCGUUAGAGAUAUUGAUUCGUCGUCGAAAUUGUGUAAUGCUUGUGGACUUAAAAGGUUAUGAGACACCUUAUAUUUGACAACAAAUUUUCUAAACUAUUUUUGGCAUAUUUAAAAUAAAAAUAUAUAUAAUUUUAAAAAAUUAAAAUUGUUUAUUUCAAAAUUCCAAGUUGUAACUUAAAGGGAAGAUUAUUCUGUAGGAGAUUUUUCUGAGGUCUGGGUUCUCGGCAGGUUUUUUAUAAGAUUGUUUAUUCACAUAACAUUUAUUUGUAAGAGCAUUUAAAACCUGGGUCGCCCCCGACAGUCCCUCGACAGAUAAACCACGGGAGAUGCGUAGUUUCGAAGAAAAUUAAUCAGUAAUACGCCUGACAGAAGGCGGCGUUAAUUCGGAAUAACUGCUUUAAUCGGUGUUAAUUCGAGAGUUAUCUCAAUUAACUCCGUUUGAUAACUCCUAUUUAAUCCUCAAAAUUUUAGAGAGUUAGUGGGAGUUCGCGACAUUUCGUUGGCAACAUUGUUAAACAUGACCGCUUCUAACCUAUUGUGAAUGAAAAUAUGCAAUACUGACAGCUGUUUUUUAAUAAAAAUGUAAACAAAUGGAAGUUCUAAUAAUUACGUAUUUAUGUAUAUUUUUUUAGUAAUUAAUUUUGUACUAAUUGUGCGGCUAACGACCGCAAUAUUUGCUUUCUAUCCAAUUUUAUUUUACCAAAAUGGAAAUAUUAUUGCCAAUCAGCUGCCGUCGCUCUCUUUGCUGCCGUCUGUCACCUAACCAUUUGGAACUGAUUAAAAGCGCAUUUAAUCGGGGUGAACUCUGCCUAGCCUAUAAGCUAAAGAAUUAUUUUCACCUGACAAAUUAGAGAAGAAACUUAGUCGGACGUCUGACAUCUACCUUUAUAAUGCUAGUAGAAAUGGGUCUAUCAAUUUUCUGUUCCCCAGAGGACUGUGAUAUAGUUAAUAGACUAUUUACAAUUGCAUUAUCUCGGAUCAUCUCUUAAGGUAGGGCCCGUUGGAACGCAAUAUGGGUACCACGAAUUCUAUAUCACGGUAUUUUGGGGUCGGUUUUGCAUUAUUUCAGUCACUGAUACAAAUAAUAGAAAUGGAUAUGCUGUCGUUGAUAAAAUCUAAAAUAAUAUCUUUCAUUACUUAUUCUUAUCUAGACUGUUAGUGUCAGUAGUUCGAAGCAUUAAUAUUCUUUGAGUUAGUUUCAGUUUUUCUCGAUGAACUGAAUUUGUAUAUUAAUCACUUGAAAACUGAUCGAGAUGAACCAUCAAAACUUCGUAAAAAGUUUUUUGGAUGCGAACCCGAUCACAUAUUUUUGGAAAAUGUUUAUUAGGAUUUAGUUUAUUGAGUAAAACUGCAACUGCAAUAUUUAUAAGUAUGUGCUAUGAAAUAUACAUAUAUUUUUUUAAGCAACCAUUAUUUGAAAAAGAGAGUUUAUCGAGCUGUCCUCGUAGUAAAUUCUUCUCUUAGGUUAAGGGAUUCAUUCAUUUUUUUCGUACUAUCUUCACUCAUUGUGUCUACAUUGAUUGAGAUAACUGUCUAAUUCAUAUACAUCAUACAUACAUAAAACAAUCAUUGG